AACCAACAAACGCACUGUGAUUCCAAAUAGUUGAGGAAUUCACCUUAUUUCUACUGUCGCAAUCGGUAGUCUUCAGCGACAUUGAUACUCUGUUCUCUCUCUUCUUAUCUCAUCACCUUUUAUCGUGAUUCUUAUCUACGUCAUCCGCUCACCGCAUAUCUGGCCCCAGAUGAAGUUCCUUCCUUUGCCCGAGUUUGAGGACGUGACGAGUUCGCUGAAUUUCGACACCGCCGACUGUCAUAUCGUUGGCGGCUGUGACCUAUAUACCACCAAGGCCGCCCGAGCGGAUCGGAAAUUGUACAGGAAUAUUGAGCAAUCGUUGGAGUCGCAAUAUGAAUCUGUGCUUCGCCUGUCAGCUUCGUUGUCGCCGCCGAACGCCUUUGCAUACUUGAUCGCAACUUUGAAUGCCAGCCAUCCCGACUACGACUUCUCACAUGUUUUGCGCCCGUCUGAUUUCCACCGCGAGCGCAAUCUCAAGAGGGUCAUGAACACGAUCGACUCCACGUUGUUCAACCUGCGACCGCGCGAAGCCAUUGACCUGACACCCCCAUCGCCUGUGACCGUCUCCGGAUCUUACAACGCGGGUGCAUCCGCUACAUGGGGGCCGAAAAUGUGGGGAGUUAUUAAUGAGCAUAUGUCGCUGAAAGAGUGCUCGUUGUAUUCCUACUCGCCGGAGGAGGAUCCGUCGGACGCCGAUGACGGAGCGAUCUGGAGUCUCCACUAUUUCUUCUUCAACCGGCUUCGCAAGCGGGUCUGCUAUCUUUAUCUCCGAGCCAUCCCGAUAUUGAGUCAUACCCCCAGUGAGGGAGUGGCUACGCCCACGACGAAGCGCACAUAUGAUGACGGAUACUUGACCCCCGAACUCAGCUCUAGCAAGCGGGCUCGCUAUUGGCUGGGCGAAGGCGUCGAGCUCGACAGUGAAAGUGACGAGGAGGAUCUCUCGAAGUCGCAUCAUGCUGGAGACGAGUACGAUCCAUAUGUGCUCAGCGACGAGGAGUUCCGAUCCCGGUCCGGUAGUAAGGGGACCGUUCGGGCGAUGAGCGAGGAAAUCGCCGACUCGAUGGAGGUCUGAUUGUCUUCUGCUGAUCUUGACCGCACUUUUGCAGCCUUUUGCGCUGCUUCUGAUUCUUCUUCAACCUUGAUCAUGUUCGGCUUGCCGCUCGAUUCUCUCCUACUACGUCCGGUCAAUCGCGUUGAUCUGUGUUUGUGUGUUUCGGCGUUUGUUUAGUCACUGCAUUCAACCUGCAUUUACAUAGGCUAGGGGCGUUAUAACUGGCGAAGGAACGGAUCUGGCCCCUAAUAAUUUGCGAACGGCCGUUAUGAUGAUGACAACGAUCAGGCACUGCGUGGCCCGGCGCGGCGCGAAGGGCAGGCUCCACGCCGGCAUUCCUAUGGUCUUAAUGUUCAGUUCGUGUAUCUAAUAUAAAUUGACUUGCGUUGAUGGGGGUUUCAGUUCGAAAUGAUUGCAUUUUCUGGUUUGAAUAUGAGUAACAAACAGGUAUAAAAUCUACUUCACCAAGAAC